UCUUCUUUCCAAUUGCUUAAAUUGGAAAAAUUUACUGCGAUGAUCAUUCUUCACUUUCAAUGUAUUGGGGUAUCAGUUACAAGUGUUUGUCAUGGUUUCUUGUCCAGAUGGAAUUGAAGUAAAUGUGGAGCUAGACUGCAGACUGUUGUGAACUCCAAACUGAUACCCUUUUGUAUGCCAGUUUUGGCAGGAAAGGUGGUCUUUUCGUUUACCUCCCAUAGAAACAGGUGAUGCCAAAAUAGAAUAUCACUUUGGUGGACCACCGUGUAAUUUGUAACGUUUUUCGGUGGCACAAAAUGUCGAGUACGAGAGAUAAUUUUCAACUCUUUAUUGCCCUGCCGUCGGAUGAUAUCUGUACAGUCAAAGGAUUAUCUCGAGAAAUGUUCAUCUGCGAACUCAAAUCCAGAGUGGAACUGAAAGCUGGUAUCCCGGGAGACAUUUUCAAUUUGUACUUCAUGAAUGUGCGACUGUCUGACCAGGAUUCUCUCAAAGUGUACAACCUCAAACAUGGCUGUAUUGUGAGGGUCAAGAUAGAACAGAACUGGAUUAGCCUCUUUGAAGCCUGCUGGCGCGGAGACAUAUACGACGUUUUCGAAAAUGGAGUUCAAUUUUUGGAUGAAGAGAAGUUUCAAGGUUAUAACAUUUCUCUUUGGAAUAAACUGGUUAUUCAACGCGCCACCUUCGCUUUGUUUAUUUCCUGCCACCGUGGUUACCUCGGUCUGAUAAUGGAACUUAUUAACCGGGGAGCAACGGACAUCAAUGGCAAAACCGUUUUUGGACGAAGCGCGUUGCACGUGGCGGCUUAUCAGGGUUUUGUGGGUUGUGUCUCUUUGUUGCUAGGCGAAGGCGCCAUUUGUAAUCAAAUUGACAUCCAGGGUAAAACUCCGCUCGCGUUAGCGAGCGAAAACGGCCAUGUUUAUUGCGAGAGAAGACUUUGGCUUUAUCAGUGGAAUUUGCAAACAUUUCGUCGUCCGUCUUCGAGAAGCUCGAGCGGGGAAUCAGCUGAAGCUACUGAAAAUGAAGCAAGAAAAACUGGCAAAUCUUCUCCGGAAUCUGCUAAGUUACCAUCCACUAGAAGAACACUCAAACAGCCUGAUCAGAACAACAACGACAAACAGACUAUGUCUCCCCAGGCAGUUCUUCUCCAUCUUCCUCGCGUUACGAACAACGAGGACAAAACGUCACUGCGUCGAACAAAGAGCCACGAACGUCCUCGUUCCAAUCCCUCACCUUUUCCCUUGAUGCAAAUCGCCGAGAAAUACCGCAAGGAACUUCGGGAGUUAAACGGGGGCACGCUUCACCUACCGACGCAUGCGCAAGGUGAUUCCAAAGAGGACGUGGAUAGUUCGACAGCGGAACCGCAAACACCACAGCUAAAGAAAACAUGGAAAGAUGAAGUAGAGGUUGCGAAAGAAGCAAACAGCAUGAAUGAGUUGGAAAAAGAAGAACAAAGCACAAUCAUUGCAGAAAUAAGUGAAGAUCUUUCAACAGAAAAGAAGGACGGUGAUUCUAAUGAAGAAAAGAGGCAAGAUAACCGUGACAUUCCUGUGGAGACUGGGCUCCAGGAUUUUGAAAGGCCACCCUCAGGCAGAACAAAUGGAAUCCGUAAACUGGACAUUGUGAUGGGCGAGUCAAGAGAAAAAAGUAAAAGUAAAAUAGAAUCGACUUUACGAGAGCAAGAGGCCAGUGGAUACGAGGAAGAACAAGCGAGUGAGCACGACAGCACAUUAUUGGAUCUACGGCAAGAAUAUUCUAGAAAGAAACCUGCUCAAACGUUUGAAAACUGGCUGCAAAUGAAACGAUCGCAAGAGAAGACCAGACCUUGUACUGCGCCGGCGCAGAAGAGCAGGUUAGGAAAGACUAUUGAUCCAGAAUCCUUUAAGAGAUGGUUGAACAGCAAACGACUUCAGCGCACGCACACAAACUCCGAAUCUUCGACUUCGUCCAACAGGAAGGCUUUCAUUAGUUCUGGAGGCCUGACCUUUGAUCGAUGGCUUGAAACUAAGUUAGCAAAACGGCCUAUGAGCGCUAUGGGUUACGUCACAGAGUCACGUGAUGAUAAUGCUUCGGGAGCGAGUAACAAAGUUCGAAAACAGAUUACUUCCGGGAAACCCUUUGAACUGUGGCUGGCGGAGAAGAAAACAAUUGCGCAAUCCACCCAUGACGAGGAAAACAACGACAAAGAAGACAAAAAUGCGCCUAAACUGAGUGGAAAAUCUUUCCACGAGUGGUUACAAGACAAAACCAAACAGAAGCAAAUUGAGCUGGUGCAGAAAAUGACGACAGAGAAAGAGCAGCAAAGACUGGCAGAGAUUGAUCAGUUGUCAAAAUGGCUGAAUCCACACUACAAGACAUAUGAUGACUGGUUGGCGUUAAAAAACUAUCAAGCCAGUCUACAACGCGUGCGAACACAAAACAAACCACACAAACAACAAGAGGAGAUUCCUUUCGAAGAGAAACGAAAGGACGCGAAAGUUGUGUAUAACAUCUGGCAGACAAUGAAGGCGCUUCAAGACCUAAGUGAUGAAGAGAGAAAAUAUAAUGAGAUGAAAGCAAAGUGGGCCGCGAAGGAGCGGGAGAAAGAACAACUUAGAAGACUCAACAUAGUGAAUAAAGCUAAGAAACAUAACUUUCUUGUAAAGCCGGCGUCAGCGAAGAGCUAGAGGACUCUGUCGUUCAUGCAUGUGUUUAUUUCUGAGGAAACAAUUGGUUUGGUCUCUCGGUUCUUUUGAAUUUUCACUUCUUUACGAAGCGCUAGGAAUGAUGAAUUACUGUAAUGAUUCGAUUUAGCAGCCCUUUCCAAUAAGCGCCCCCAUACAUGGUAGUGAAAGUGGCUUUUAAGAUAUUGACGGACUGAUUCGCCGAUCGACGAAUAAUUAUGAAGUUUGCUUUCUGAUCUGAACAUAAUACUGAACACUGUGACUGUCAGAACACUUCUCUGACAGUUCUGAAGUUAAAGGAUCUGUAGUUGUUUUUCCUUUUUAAAAGUAUUGUGCCUCAAAAAGAAGCGCCAUAUCCCUAAUAAGCGCCCUUCUCCAAUUAGCGCCUUUCCAAGUAACUUAGCGCCCUGGGCGCUAAAUCGAAUCAUUACCAUGCAUGCCUUGUAAGGGCCGAUUUACACGGUACGACUUUGUCGCAUAAGACAAGCUUACGACAGACCUAAGACAUGACUUUGGACCGUUUACACGGAUACGACAUUUUCACUUUCAAAAUUAAAUAUGCAAAAGUUUGCACCGGGAUUUUCGGAGCGAAAGUUCGAACAAACGGUAAACAGAUAUUUUAGCUAUCCUGCACUUUGAAAAGACUUUCUAAUGAGAUAUUUUUCGCUUUAUCUGUUCAGUACUUUUCGAGAAACGACUUCGUGUGAAUCAGUCAACAAGUUCGUCCGCCAUUUUGAUGCAAGAAAACUUUACCUUCGUCCCCUACUCAGUAGAAAUUUGUCACAAAAUACGUCAUUUCCUAUCGAUUUCGGCUACGAUUGUCGCAGCGUUUUAAAACAUUUUUAAAAAUCCUACGACUUUUUUUUUUGACGUACACGACAGUCGUAAGCGAGUUGUAGAU